UGCCACCCCUUCCCUCCGGGGCUUCCAGUUUCCCGGCGUGCUUCGGGCGCGCCAAAUGGGAGGGGGAGACGCAAGAUGGCGGCAGCCGCGAACUCCGGCUCCAGCCUCCCGCUGUUCGACUGCCCGACCUGGGCAGGUAAACCCCCACCUGGUUUACAUCUGGAUGUAGUCAAAGGAGACAAACUAAUUGAGAAACUGAUUAUUGAUGAGAAGAAGUAUUACUUAUUUGGGAGAAAUCCUGAUUUGUGUGACUUUACCAUUGACCACCAGUCUUGCUCUCGGGUCCACGCUGCCUUGGUCUACCACAAGCAUCUGAAGAGAGUUUUCCUAAUAGAUCUCAACAGUACACAUGGCACUUUCUUGGGUCAUAUUCGGUUGGAACCUCACAAGCCUCAGCAAAUCCCCAUCGAUUCCACAGUCUCAUUUGGUGCAUCCACAAGGGCAUACACUCUACGUGAGAAGCCUCAGACAUUGCCAUCGGCUGUGAAAGGAGAUGAGAAGAUGGGUGGAGAGGAUGAUGAACUCAAGGGCUUACUGGGGCUUCCAGAGGAGGAAACCGAGCUUGAUAACCUGACAGAGUUCAACACUGCCCACAACAAGCGGAUUUCCACCCUCACCAUUGAGGAGGGGAAUCUGGAUAUUCAGAGACCAAAGAGGAAGAGGAAGAACUCACGGGUGACUUUCAGUGAGGAUGAUGAGAUCAUUAAUCCAGAGGAUGUGGAUCCCUCAGUUGGUCGCUUCCGGAACAUGGUGCAGACUGCAGUGGUCCCAGUUAAGAAAAAGCGGAUGGAGGGCCCUGGCUCCCUAGGCCUGGAGGAAUCAGGGAGCAGGCGCAUGCAGAACUUUGCAUUCAGUGGCGGACUCUACGGGGGCCUGCCUCCCACACACAGUGAAGCCGGCUCCCAGCCGCAUGGCAUCCACGGGACAGCACUCAUUGGUGGCUUGCCCAUGCCAUACCCGAACCUUGCCCCAGAUGUAGACUUGACUCCCGUUGUGCCGUCAGCUGUGAACAUGAACCCUGCACCAAACCCUGCGGUCUAUAACCCUGAAGCUGUCAACGAGCCCAAGAAGAAGAAAUACGCAAAAGAGGCUUGGCCGGGCAAGAAGCCCACACCUUCCUUACUGAUUUGAUGUUUUUGGUCAUGGAAUAGGGUGGGAUUGGGUGGGAAUAGGGUGGAAGGGUGAUGGGGGAGCUAAGGAGCUAGGGAGAACAACGUUGCGUGUGUGCGGUAUCGUCUUUCAGAAUGUCUCCUGGGGUCCUGACCAUGUAUUGUUAAAACAGGUUAGGGUUGAAGCAUCCCAUAAAGGCCUGUCUUCAGAACCUUCAGUGUAGAGAACUGUGUCGAACAUCCUUUUAAAUAGGUGUAACAUUUAAAGGCCUAAACAUUCUCAGGCUUCACAUUAUCUUUUUAUUUUCUCCCUCUUACUAGGAUCAUUGUUAUUUAAAGUCAUACACCCGGGGAAAGACCCCAGGCCCUCAGGUCAAAUCUGGAGCUGUGGAGGUGACAACAGAAUUGCCAGGCUUGAGGGUCCAGCAGCCUAAUUUCAUUUACUGUCCCUGCAAGUCCCAGAAAGCAGAAGGGUAGCCGUGGAUCCCAGGGUGAUUAAAAAGAGCGUUUAGAAUUCUUCAGCUAAGCUAAGGUUUAAACUCAAAACAUGUUUACCUGGGUCAGUGGUUUUGAGGUCCAGUAGUUAUGCUUUCUCUUUUGUCCUUUCUGUUGGAAUGAGAGCAUUCCUUCCUCUGUGACCAGUGCCACAGACACAGGUUGAUAGUUAUAAACUCAACGGUAUUGAUUUUUGAACUUCACCUGUUUUUCUUGUCAAACCUGGGUGCUCUACUUGCCAAAGUUUCUCGUUUGAUUCCAGAGUACUGUCCUCUACUCUAAUGCAUUACUUUCCUUUUCAAGUGUAAUGAAGGCAAUUCUUAAAGGAUCUGACCAGUUAGAGCAAUUCCAAUUAAAAAGAAAAAGAUUUUACUUUGCAAAUAACUGAUGUCUCGAAGGACGUUUGUAGAUGUUGGUUCGGAGGCUCUUCCCCCCCUUUUGACAGAGAGUUCUUGUCAUCCAGACUCCAAGACGAGACCUGGCUAACAAGCAUAGGAGGCGAAGGUAGGAAACAUUAUAUGAACUUUGUACAGAGAUUUGUACAUUUGUGUAAUAGGCCUUUUCACGCUUUAUGUGUAGCUUUUUACCUGUAACCUUUAUUACAUUGUAAAUUAAAUGUAACUUUUGUCA